AUGGCCCACCUGCUCCUGCUGCUCCUGGGGCUCCUGGGGCUCUGGGGGCUGCUCUGCGCCUAUACCCGAAAACCCUCCUCGGCCCCCCGAUGGCCCCCUGGGCCUCGCCCACUGCCCCUCGUGGGGAACCUGCAUUUGCUGCGUAUGUCCCAGCAGGACCGGUCACUGAUGGAGCUCUCGGAACGGUACGGGCCGGUCUUCACUGUCCACCUGGGGCGCCAGAAGACGGUGGUGCUGACGGGGCUCGCGGCGGUGAGGGAGGCCCUGGUGGGCACGGGGCAGGCGCUGGCCGACCGGCCCCCCAUUGCCAUCUUCCAGCUCAUCCAGCGGGGUGGGGGCGUCUUCUUCUCAUCCGGGGCACGCUGGAGGGCCGCCCGCCAGUUCACGGUGCGCACCCUGCACGGCCUGGGCGUGGGCCGGGGGCCGGUGGCCGACAAGGUUCUGCAGGAGCUGACAUGCUUGGUGGGGCAGCUGGACAGCUUCGGAGGCCGGCCCUUCCCUCUGGCCCUGCUCGGCUGGGCUCCCGCCAACAUCACCUUCGCACUCCUGUUCGGCCGGCGCUUUGACUACCAGGACCCCGUGUUCGUGUCCUUGCUGGGUCUCAUUGACGAGGUCAUGGUCCUCUUGGGGUCCCCUGGCCUGCAGCUGUUCAACAUGUACCCCUGGCUUGGGGCCCUGCUCCAGCUGCACAGGCCUGUCCUGCGCAAGAUCGAGGAGAUCCGCGCCAUCCUGAGGACGCUGCUGGAGGCGCCGCAGCCCCUCAAUCCCGGGGGACACCCCGUGCAGAGCUACGUGGAUGCUCUGACCCAGCAGGGCCAGGGGAACGACCCCGAGGGCCUGUUUGCAGAGGGCAAUGCGGUGGCCUGCACCCUGGACAUGGUCAUGGCCGGGACGGAGACCACAUCUGCCACGCUGCAGUGGGCCGCCCUCCUGAUGGCCAGGCACCUGGAUGUGCAGGGCCGGGUGCAGGAGGAGCUGGACCGCGUGCUGGGCCCCGGGCAGCCUCCCCGGCCAGAGGACCAGGACGUGCUGCCCUACACGCGCGCCGUGCUCCAUGAGGUGCAGCGCUACAUCACGCUCCUGCCCCACGUGCCCCGGUGUGCAGCGGCCGACAUCCAGCUGGGCGGCUACCUGCUCCCCAAGGGCACGCCCGUGAUCCCCUUGCUGACCUCAGUGCUCCUGGACAAGACACAGUGGCAGACCCCAGACCAGUUCAAUCCGGGCCACUUCCUGGACACAGAUGGUCAGUUUGUGAAGCGUGAGGCCUUCCUGCCUUUCUCCGCAGGCCGCCGCGUCUGUGUCGGGGAACGCCUGGCCAGGACCGAGCUGUUCCUGCUGUUUGCUGGUCUCCUCCAGAAGUACCGCCUGCUGCCCCCACCUGGGGUGAGCCCUGCAGCCCUGGACACCACGCCCACCCGGGCCUUCACCAUGCGGCCGCGGGCCCAGGCCCUGUGUGCGGUGCCCAGGCCCUAG